CGGGCCCGGUAGCCGCGGGAGCUGCACUGGCCAGGGGUUCCGGCUGCUGUUCCAUGAGCACCGCGGAGCUGCCAGGAACCGGAUUGGGGACGAGCUGGGCCGCUGUAGUCAACCACGCACAGGUCACGAUGAAUGCCAUGCUGGAGACCCCCGAGCUGCCGGCCGUGUUUGACGGGGUGAAGCUGGCCGCGGUGGCCGCCGUGCUGUACGUGAUCGUCCGCUGUCUGAACCUGAAGAGCCCCACCGCCCCGCCUGACCUCUACUUCCAGGACUCAGGGCUCUCGCGCUUUCUGCUCAAGUCCUGUCCUCUCCUGACCAAAGAAUACAUUCCGCCGCUGAUCUGGGGGAAAAGUGGACACAUCCAAACAGCUUUGUAUGGGAAGAUGGGCAGGGUGAGGUCGCCACACCCGUAUGGGCACCGGAAGUUCAUCACCAUGUCCGAUGGCGCCACUUCGACCUUCGACCUCUUCGAGCCCUUGGCCGAGCAUUGUGUUGGAGGCUGCACCUGGGAGUUCGGAGCCAUGGUCAACUACAUCAAGAAGACAUACCCCCUGACCCAGCUGGUCGUCGUGGGCUUCAGCCUGGGCGGUAACAUCGUGUGCAAAUACCUGGGGGAGACACAGGCGAACCAAGACAAGGUCCUGUGCUGCGUCAGCGUGUGCCAGGGGUACAGCGCGCUGAGGGCCCAGGAGGCCUUCAUGCAAUGGGACCAGUGCCGCCGCUUUUACAACUUCCUCAUGGCCGACAACAUGAAGAAGGUCAUCCUUCUGCACAGACAAGCUCUGUUUGGGGACCAUGUGAAGAAGCCCCAGACCCUGGAGGACUCGGACCUGAGCCGCCUCUACAUGGCCACGUCCCUGAUGCAGAUCGACGACAACGUGAUGAGGAAGUUCCAUGGCUACAACUCCCUGAAGGAGUAUUACGAGGAGGAGAGCUGCAUGCGGUACCUGCACAGGAUCUACGUGCCCCUCAUGCUGGUUAACGCAGCCGAUGACCCGCUGGUACAUGAAAGUCUCCUCAGCAUUCCAAAGUCUCUCUCAGAGAAGCGGGAGAACGUCAUGUUUGUGCUGCCUCUGCACGGGGGCCACCUGGGCUUCUUCGAGGGCUCCAUGCUGCUGCCCGAGCCGCUGACGUGGAUGGACAAGCUGGUGGUGGAGUACGCCAACGCCAUUUGCCAGUGGGAACGCAGCAAGUUGCAGUGCGCCGACGCGGAGCAUGUGGAGGCCGGCCUGGAGUGAGGCCCCCGGACUCUGGCGCUCCAGCUGCCCUCCUUGAACUGGCGUCCCUCACCGGCUGUUCAGGUCUCCCCCUCCCCCCGUGACCUGGAUCUGACCUCACACCGUCAGCGGGGGCCACCACCGGGCACACCUGUCUCGGGGUGGGCGGCUACCCCGGGAGCUCCAGGCUAUUUUUGUGCUUAGUUCCUUGUUUCCUCCAUUGCAUUGUUAGCCAUGGCGACACGCGCCAGACAGCCCCUCACCCUCCUGUCCAGUUGAGCAUCCUAUCAUGAUUGCUUUUAAGCCAAUCCCAUCUAGUUUCCCUAUGAAAAACGUGUCGGGACAGCAGUUUUGCUUUGCCAAUCAAAAGGCUCUCCCCCAGGAACAAUGCAGGACGUCUGUUAUUUGGCGGUGGCCCUCUGUGUCCUUGUGUAGACCCGGAAAAAACGCUCCCCAGCCCAGCCCCUGCCGGAGAUGCGGGUCAGCUCCGAACCUGGGGUCCCGGGGCUCCCGGCCGCAGCGGGGCCUCUUAGGGCAGAGAAAACCCCCUUGAUCACAAGCCAAGCUUCCCCCUCGCUCUCUCCUAGGCAGUCUCCCAGCCCCUUGCUGGUGAUGAGAGUGACCUGGUGCGCUUAUUAAAAAUUCAGCCUCCCGGGUCCCUCCCCAAGGGGAAGCCCAUGCCGUGGGCCUGGGAAAGGGCCUGGGGAUUUUAAUUUUUGACAAGUGCCUCCGGUGAUUCUCAUCGCCAGGCAAAUUGGGGAAAUACUGUCUGCAGGGCCUUUACAUUAGAAACAUCUCGGUAGCUCUUUUCAUUACAAUCCGUAGUCGGAGGGGCCACCCAGCUCCCAGGGGCCUCCAAGGCCUGCCCCCUGUGACCACACCUGACUCUGCUUCUCACUGGCUAUAUGACCCUGGAAGAGCCCCCUUGAACUUGACGUCCCUCACCUGUAAAAUGGGGGGCUUGGACCAGGUGGAUUGCCGGCCGAGAUCAAUACCCGCCCUGAAGUUCAAUGACAAACUCACUUUCCUUAGGUUUGAGAGACCAUGCCUCCCGGGGGCCCUGGGAGCCGCCCUCCAGUCUAAACAUGUCGAUGUCAUCAUCUGCCUUUGUUUGUUCCUCGUGUCAUAUAAAGCCGUGUGUGGGGCCUUGCUUUAUUAUGCA